CUGCAGUCGCACACGGAAACAUGGGUCCAACCUUCAGAUCGGGUACAACAUCUAUGCCACACCAGUGUCCAAUAUCUCUCCUGAUGUCACAAACUAGGAACAGAAUUUGCCUUGCGUCGUUCCUUUCUCUCACCACAUUUGGUGGAGCUAUGCUUCUGAAGGUAUGCGUUAAUUGACUGUAUCCAAUGCACGCUCCUCAGGUCCACUCUGCCCACAUGAUGAAUCCUCAGGUGGGCCACAGGGCGUCAGCAAUCAGAUGG